ACAUUGAAUUCAAUUUCUGGUCGGUAAAGGCACUCGCUCCAGCGGUGGUGGAGCAACCAUUAGUGCACCACAAUCAGAGGUAUAAUUGUCCCGGGCGAUUUAUUGGUGUGAAGAUGUUUGAAGGUGAUGAUGAUGAUCGUGAUGUGAUUAGCGCUCGUAAUAAUCGCCCGAUGAAGAGGGCACGAUGAAGAGUGCGAGAGUCGUUCAAUGGAGAUGCUUUACCCGAGUGGCGGUUGCGGAUCGCGUGCUUAUCCCCCUUCACGGGCGGACGGAGAAGGACGCUGCGAAGAUGCGAGUGCGCGCGCACUACACAAAUGGGAGGUCGCGUGUGGGCACGUUCGCAGCAGCAGCUAUUAUGCCACGAGUGCUCGAUUUAAUGAGCGGGUCCGGGGAGGUUGCUGAUGAUACGAUCAUCUGUGUUUUUUAUUUAAAUUAAUUUUUAUUCACCUAUUUGGAGGUUUUUUUCUGAAUCGAAUUUUGAUCUACCGUGCGGAUAAUGUUUGAUAAGAACCCGUGGCCGGUUUAACCUUUUCCAUUCCAUUUGGCAUUACCGGUUAGUUUUGUCUCGGUACAGCGGCUCAUGGGUUAACCUCGAACGAUUUUACGAACCCAUUACCCCUGCGUACCAAUCAAACGUUUCAACAAUUUCGUCCAUUUCGAAGAUGCUGUGUGAAAGACGCGCGGUUUUGCUUUACUUUUCCGCAAACAGCCACAACCGUACCGGAGACACUAACGCUUGUAAUGGGUAUUUUUUUUUUGGUGGUGAAAACAAUGAAAACAUGCAAAUAAGUGUUCAAUCGGAAGGGAGGGUAUGCGUUUGGAUUGAGGUUGUAAUUUCCGGGUGUAUCACCCGGUGAAGGUUGUGUGCCGUGAAUUGGGGUAUUUCGCUUGUUGGAGGUUUUCGGAUCAUUUCCGGAAGAUGAGCCGUCAAGGUCGGGCAACCAUUAAGUUGAAGCUUAAUUGGAAGCACUUCCAAUAAAGCUUCUGUUUUGCCUGUGAUUGUUGAUCUUAAGUUUUGAAUUUCUGCCACUCUUUGAUGCACUUUUUAAAAUUUUGCAAUUGCGGUAAAUAUAUCCGAAAAGAAUUUUUUUUGAAUAUAUUCAAAAAAGUAGAUGGUGUUUCGUAGAAAUAAGUUCUAGGUGUAAAUAAUUUAACACAUAAAAAAAUCGUUAAAAAUUCCUCAAAACGAUAAGUAUUGCUUAAGCGAAUUCUCAACAAAAUAAUUCGGCCUCCUUCUCAAGGUAUUCUACGGAUAAUUCUUAAUUCUUGACAAGUAGUCAACUGUACCUUGUAGCAUUUCAAACCGGGAAAGGAAGAAAUUUCAAUUUCAAACCCGUAUAGGUUUUCUUUGUCUCUACGGAGAUGACGUUUACGUCCGUACGCGACCCGCUCUUCGGUGCAAUGUUUUUUUUGGGGGAAAGUCCGCGCAUGUGCCUGCGUUCGAGUGCCCACGGCUGACGGAGAAAAUUCGCUCCAUCGUGUCGAUGUUUGCAGUCUGGGCGCAUACCGCCCGGAUCGUGUUCCCAAAAACCCAAAGAUUGUGUUUGACCAAAGCUAGCCCGUUUUGGUUUUCCAUUUGCUGUUGUGUGGUUCGUUUGUAGAUGGUCUACUUUGAGAAAACCUUCAGAUGGUGUCCAGUGAUGGUGGGCUUUGAUUAAUACGCCAAGGAUAUUCGGUUUGGUAAAGGUGAGUUUGGGUGCAUCUUGCUUACCAUCUGUUAGCCGUCCCCCUCAUUGCAUGAUGUAGUAAGUCCAACGAGAUAGGAAGAGAUGUAGUGUGACGGAGAGAGAGAGAGAAAGAAAAAAGGAAAAAUGGUCAACCACUACCAUCAACCAUGCAUGCGUUUGGCAUUGGCGCUUUUCCACCUUGUGGAAACGUAAAUAAAUCCCACAAGUGUCGCUAGGACGCUGUCAAACGGUUUUGCAUUCUGGGCAAAACUUUUUGUGAGCAAAAGGGUGGCAAAUUUGGCGAGACGCAUUUGUGUGCUACGCGCAACAGUGGUAACAGUGCUAAAGUGCAUGCAAAAUCCAGCAGUAGCACCUUCAUCCGUCUGUGUGUUUGGUCGUGAAAGGGGAGUGAAUGCUGUAGCACCAGCCCCAAAACCCCUCCCCUGGUAUAGUGGAUAGACGACACUGGAGCACUGGAGCAUUCCCAUAGUGAUGAUAUAUUAAUGGAUGGGAAGUACGAAGUUAACUGGAACUGAACGCUAGAUGCUGCGUACUGGACGUCACCAGCAACAACUUCUGGUGGUACGCGAGCCGUAAUAGAAUCAAUUAAACAUGACGGCACACGAAUCGUAUGGAUUCAUCGGGACGUGGGAGAUAGUGGAGUCGCAUCUGGAAGGCACCACGGAAAAGCUAGGUCUCGAAGGCAUCAAGUUCCGGCUGGACGAGAUGGGGGACAUUAUCUGGUACAACGAUCUAAUCAACACAAACUCAAACACCCAAAACGGUGCCGGGCGGGACUCGCAGCUCAACAAUCCACGGCUGAGCAGUUUGAAUGGGGCGGCAUUUUGCCCGAUCAACGAUUCGGCGGCGGUACUGUUUAGCUGCGAAACGUUCGAGGUGGUGGAGCUGUCGUCGAACGGGCCGGGUCUUAUCUUCGGUGCGUACACCGGGCACAGCAUCGAGUUUCGCACCAACCACUACAAUCCGGGCGAGCAGAUGUCGCUGCGGUGUGACUGCUGGUGUGAGCUGCACUGUCAGCGCGUCAAGGAGGACCAGUCGGUCGGGCAGGAGGAACCGUUCACGCUGAUCACCGUGCUGGACGAUGGCAACUUCUGUGAUGUGACUCUCAAGAGUUGUGAUAAUGUAAUCUACAACGUGCACUCGCCAAUUUUGCGCUUGAACGGAUUUGACUGCAGCAGUAUGACGGCGGCUUCCACCUAUCAGCAUCUGGCUAGUCGGUUUGAGUGUGCCGAGGCGCAGGCACAGGUUGCUGCCACGCAUCCACCAUUGAUGAAGGUUUCCUCCGUACCGUGUGCCCGGGCAGUGCGCACCGGUAGCAACACGUACGGUCGUGGUUCACCCGCAAUGAUGUGCAGCGUUAGUGCGAGCGCCACCCCCAGCUUACAUCCGAGCGCACACGCUAGCCCAACGAUUCUGAAUCCAAACUUUCUGCUACCGCCAACAUCGCUCGACUCGUACAAUCUGUCACCGAAGCUGGUGGCAAACAUAUCGAACUCGUUCAACUGUCUCAUGCCGACGGGUGAUACGCACUGUACGGACGGUAACACACACUCCAUAUUUCUCGAUGUGCCAAAGCGGGCGGCCCAUCAAACGUCCUCCUGUUCGGAUUCGAACCUGCACAUCGAUCGGAAUGUGUUCUUCUUUCCCGAUGCGGUACCGGCUACCUGUCGCGUAAAGUUUAAACCACCAUCAUCACCAUUUCGCGCCCGAAGUCCAUCACCGUUUCCGGUGUCGACGCUCGAUACACCGCCAUCCUCACCGUUAACUCCACUCUCGGUGUUGAACAAUAUCCCGGCAAAGAUGUUGUCUACUAUCCUCCAUUGGCUGUACUGCGAAUGUUUGCCCGACCAGCUGGAUGAGGAUACCUGCAUUCAGCUGAUCAAUAUGUGCGAAAGUACGACACCGCUUAGCCGCAUGAGCGAACCGUGCAAGAACUAUCUGCGAAACAUACAGCUGAAGAAGUUUGUAAUCGACAUCAUCAACGACCUGCAUGACAGUCUGAACAAUAUGAUACAGAUGGUUAAUCCGAGCACCAUAUCCCACAGUCCGUGCGUACUGUGUCAGGUGUUUAAAGAAGGCGUCAAAGAGUGUCUCACGGCAUUUGUGAAGCUGCUACAGUUUUGCAACAUCUUUACAAAGGAUGCUACAACCUUCACGCGUCAGCAGCGGCACGAGAUCAUCAAGUACGUCCGUACCCGCAUGCCGAUCUAUCUGUCGCAGGUGCAUCAGCUGCUGCAGAACGUGAACCUCGUGCUGGGCAGCUUAUCGCCCGACGAUCGUAAUGAUCUAGUGUCCUAUCUGGUGCCGGAAAUAACCGGCGCCCUCGAGGUACUAACAUCGGCCGUGUCCGAAAUAAAGCUAUCGCUGGAAGAGGUUUGCAAGGAUUUGAAAAGUAGCCAGCAGGAGCAGCAGCAACAGCAAAAGCUACAUGAAACUUCCGUACAGCCGCAGGGACGUACGCAUACCGGCAACAAUCGGAGCGGUUGUGGCCGUAGCACCCAAUCAACCCAGCUGUCCGGUAACCGAUCCGGUACGGAACGUGCCCGUAGCCAUGCGCGCAGCACAACCGUACAGUCACGGCUCGGCCAAAGCACGUCCGAGUCCGAUCUGAAGUUCUUCCUGUACAUGUACGAGGUGAAGAAGAUGCGUGAUAUUUACGGGCGCGUUACCAAUGCGCUCGAGGUGUUACUGCACAAGAAAAACACGUUCAACGAGAUGAAUUUGCUGCACCAGCAUCAAACGGUACGGCGUAACUUGGAGCAGCUAGCGAUGGAGGUACCGUCCGCCAUCGGUCAGCUGGAGGAGCUUUGCGAUACGAUAGACGAGAAGAUUGGUUGGAAGGAGUUUAAAUUUUGCUUCAAAUUUCUCACCAGUCAAGUGAAUGGCAUUGUUUCAAAGCUGCUGGAACACAAGUCUGCCCUAAAUGAUGCAAUGUUUUAUAUCUCCACCCUGGUGCAGAAGGAACAGUUUACGUGUGCGCUUGUGGAAUUGGGUCUGCUGGACAAACGAAGCGUCGACCCAGCCCUGCUGCACGAGUGUGCUGCACGGCGCAGUGCGGUUCGGUCCAGUGGGCAGCGACAGCUUGAGUAUGCCACCGUCAAGAUGAAUCUGGUGCAAACUUUAUGUGAGUCACCGACCGCUGCCCACAGCAGCUUGUCGAAGAAUGCACUGAAGUUGCUCCAUUCGGGUCAGCUGGCGGAUAUGGAGUUUGAGGUGGUGGUACCGCAGAUGGAGCAGCAGAACGAAAGCGUUACGCCGACGACGUCAUGCGAUUUUAGCCCGGACGAGGGCCUAUUGCUCAACGGUGCGAACAAGGGUGCUAAUGGUGGUGGUGGUGGUGGGGGAAGUGAAACCGCAACGGCUGUGAAUGCUUCCAGUAGUGGCAGUAGUAACGGUAGUAACGCUAAAGGUUGCAAUACGAAAGGUACACAGUCGCAUUGCUUCAAGGCGCAUCGUGUGAUAGUGGCGGCCCGGUGCGAAUGGUUCAAGAAGGCACUGCUGUCCGGCAUGCAGGAGGAUAUUAAUCGUAAAAUUAUUAUUUACGAUACCUCGCCGGUUAUCUUCCGCCGGUUGCUACUGUAUCUGUACGGUGCACCGGUCGAUCGGUCCGUCGGUGUCGAUCAGCUUUGCGAGCUGAUGCUGCUUGCCGAUCGUUAUUCGGUCGACAAUCUGAAAGCGAUCUGCGAGCAAACGCUGGUUGCGUCGAUCGACAGCGAGUCAGUGAUCUGUCUGUACGGGAUAUCGGAUCGUUUUAAUGCGGCCGCACUAAAGGCACGGUGCCUAUCGUACCUAUCGCAGCAUACCGAGCUGACACAACUUGACAUCUUCCAGGAACUUCCGGUGUAUCUGCAGAACGAAGUGCAAGAGCUGAUACGCUGGUGCGGAAGGGCACCGGAACCGUGGUGUGACCGGGGCCCGGAACGUUCCAGAUCGGACCGUGGUUCGCGCCACAGCCUGAAGAGCCCGUCGAAAGCAUCGAAAUCGUCACGGUCGCGUAAAACGUCACCAUCCUUUAUGUGACCGUGAUGCCACUAUGCGCGACAAACCUAUAUGAUUCAUUGAUUGCUGUGACUAUUAUACAUCUGCCCCAUCUGCAUCAAACAGUUUAAAGGGCAAGUGUUUAAUGAAUACUAUACUAAAAAAAAAAUUCCGUAGUAAUUAAAACAUUGAUUACAAAAAAAAACAGAAAACCAAACAAAACAAAAGUCGAUACAUGAACACAAGGGAUUUACUUUAAGCGACUUUUCUGUGGCUGUAGAUAGUAUUUAAAAUUUUGAACCGAACCGACCUGAAUUGCCGGGUGGCACAGGGGGAAUGUAAAAGCUUCCCGUUUUACCGCAGUCAAGGCUGCGAUAAUAGCGAUAAAGGCAAUUAUGAAAUGGGCCACACGAAACAGUACAGUUAUAGUACAAUAUCGUUGGACGUGAUAAACAGUUUCAUUUUUUAUUAUGUUUUGUUUUGUUUGAGAGUGUUUUUCCUUUGUUGGGAAAAUAAGUAGCUAUUGAUUUGAAAACAAACAAAAAAAAAACAAAAACAAAAAACACCCACCCAGCAGCAUCCAACCAUGUCGACGGUUUAGCGAUUUUGCGAUUAUCGGUAGUUAGGAUAAUAUGGUUUAGAAAUGGGAUAGUGAACGGCUCUUUUUGUGGAAAGAGAACGGAAGAAGAAGAAGAAAAAAGGUGAUCAAUUGCGAUGGGUGAUGACCGCUUAUUCAAACUCGUUUAUUCAACAUACAUGCGCUAAAUGGAUUUAAUGCUAGCAAGUAAUUGAGACAUGUAUAGAUGUGUGUGUAUGUUUGUGUGUGUGUGUGUGUAAAAUGUAUGUUGACAGGCCAAGAAAGUGAUCGUUGUUUAAAAGGUUUUAUUCACAGUUUGUUUCUUUUUGAUAUUGUAAUUUUUUUGCAAUGUUUUUAAAAUAUUUUUUUUUUAUUUUUAAUCUUUUAUUUUUCCAAUUUUUUUGUGAUAUUUUUGUGUUAUUCCCUACGCAAUAAACUUGUCUAAAACAUAUUUGGAAAAAAUGGUAGGACUAAUAAUACUAUCCUUUCGUGCACAUUGCAUACUUUACGGCGUUUUUCCUUUUGUUAAGCUCUCUGUUUCGUUAAAGCGCGAGUAAAUGUGAUACUUUUUCUUGUUGCUUUUAAUUAAUUGAUUGAUUGCGCGUGUGUGGGUGUGUUGUGUUGGAUUGGAAUGUACGGGAUGCAGCUAGAUGCAAGUGGAAUAGGUGCAAAUAUGUUUGUGUGGUGCGAAUGUGUGAUCACUAUCGGGUUUGGCUGUAAACGGUAGAAUAGUACCUUCUAUCACUCGAUACGGUGCUAUACGGUAGAUUUGACCGUUUCAAUGUUUAAAUCUUUCUGAAGGGUGUUACCCCCAUUAAUGCGUUUUCCUCUAGCUGUCUUGUUCGAAUGUGUAAUGGUGCCAUGUCGGACGUUAUCUGUAGGGUCCUGUUCGUUUUAUCGUGUGUCUUUUUUUCCUUUUCGUGUCGUAUAUAUGACUCAAGCAGCUCGAGAUAGUGUAUGGUUUUACUUCAACUGAAAGAAAGCUUAGUGUCGGUAAGAAAAAAUCGAAAGCAAAAAAUUAGACACUUUAGAGGAACUUAAAUGGGGUUUGAGAGGCUUUUUGUUAAAGUUAGUUUAGUUUAAUUUUCACCGAGACUGGCUGUUUGGAAGGUUAACGACGCUCAAGAAUUAUUGCACGUGAUAAUUAACGUAUGAUGGAAAAUAUUCAAAACUAUCUUUACCGGUUUGUUUUAGUUUUGUUUUUGUAUGUUUCCCCCCGCUUUAAUCUUCAUUUUCAUCGCAAAAACAUUAAGCUUUCACACUAUAUGGAAUAUAAAGCAAAAUACUAAUGUGAACAUUUUAUUUAAAAGUAUGUAAUGGUUUUCAAUUCUAAACAAAUGGUUAAUAUACUUCUUCAGAGCGAUGCUACCAAAAUCACAUGACGUUUUUUUUUGUGUAAAUGAAAGAAAUUAAAAAAAAAAUAAUUUUGAAAAAAAACAUGAAAAUAUAUGGCUGGAGGCGCCUGGUGUUUUACUUAAAGGAUAAAGCAAAAUACUAAUGUGAACAUUUUAUUUAAAAGUAUGUAAUGAAUUUCAAUUCUAAACAAAUUGUUAAUAUACUUCAUCGGAGCGAUGCGUUUUUUUGUGUAAAUGAAAGAAAUUUUUAUAAAAUAAAAGAUAAUAAAUAAUUUUAGAAAAUAUAUAUCUGGAGGCGCCUGGUGUUUUACUUAAAGGAUAAAGCAAAAUACUAAUGUGAAUAUUUUAUUUAAAAGUAUGUAAUGGUUUUAAAUUCUAUCAAAUGGUUAAUAUACUUCUUCAGAGCGAUGCGUUUUUUUGUGUAAAUGAAAGAAAUUUAUAUAAAAUAAAAGAUAAUAAAUAAUUUUGAAAAAUAAAUGGCUGGAGGCGCCUGGUGUUUUACUUAAACACGAAGGUAAUGACUCAUUCCCAGCGUGUAGAUGUUUCUUACGGUUAUUUGAUAUUAUCUACACCUGCCGUACUGGUUAUCUGUACCAUCUCUGCAUAUUGUGCUGAGCUAAUAGAUUCUGCUAGCAAAACGCAACAAACACACGUGCGGUAAGAACCGGGCAAGAGAUAACUACCACGACGAUGUUGUGUGCCAGCGACAAAUGUAAACAGUAUGGUGCGGCGCAUGAGCAGUACGGAACGUACGUAAACAUCAUAAUAUUUCAAAAUCCGUUACCAUAGCUACAAAAACCUUGCACUUACUGUAUGAUGUAAGUUGAAGGU